GAUUUGUCAAAUAACUCCAGCGGUUAGGUUCUGAUUCUGUUUUGAUUUGAGGUGAAUAGGGCAAUCAAUCUUAGAUACGCUGGUUGAUGACUCGCGGACUGCUGUCUUGUCAUGCAUUUUGCACCUGACUCAUUCUCUCAUUAUAAACUUGACAAUGUGUAUAUAUAAAAAUGCUAUAUAAGAAGAAGAAAGGAAAAAAGAAAGAAAGGAAAAGAUUCACAUGUAUCUCUAUCUCCAUUCUACAGUCAUAAAAUGUGCCGAGUCACAGCUCUCAGUUCUCCUACAUGUCCGCAUCGCUGGCUCACCAUUUCCAAGCCCUGCGAAGAAUCCCGCGGCUUCGACUCCUGUCCAGUCCUCAAAGGAAAUGGAGCAAUCACAUCGAGCUGGACGGGUACUAGGAAAGCUAAGUCCAAGACCUGUCCUCUGUGCGACUUGAAGGGGGAGUGUGACAGCAACAUGAUACAGAUGGUGAAAAGCGAACGUGCAGGCGUGAAGAUUGGGAAGAACGCUGAUCGAACUGCGCCUGGCGUGGAGGUUACGGUGGCGGGGUGUUGUGGUGUUAUGUAGGUGUUUUUUUAAGAAUGGCUAUGGUAGUUACUCUCAGGCCGGUGGUUUGUCAGAGUAUGGAGUUAGUUAAGUGGCGCAUGAGCUGGCGAUAGCUGUCGCGUGUUUCGAUCCAGAAGCAAUGGAUAUAUCCAGAGGACGGAUCAAUACAGUGCUGCUUAUGACCCUGGUGCAUGGGCGGAAUGCAAGCAGUGGUCGUCUAGCUGCUCUUUCAAAUGCAAACCUGAGAGACCAGAUGGUUCUGAUUAUUGCUUCUUCUCAGUAUAUAACUAGCAGAAGAAGAGAGUGGAGAUGG